UCCCCCGCGCGCGCUCGCUAGCUCCCUGGUUCCGUGCCUCCGCCCGCCCCGGACAAUAACACCGCUCCUUCUCCUCCCCUCCCUCCCCUUCUCUCCGGCUGCGAUGCCUCGGAGCCUCCGCCUGCCCCCGCCCCCGCGCCCCGCAGCCCGGACCAGCCCCGCGCCCCUGCGCUAGCCAGAGGGGAGUGAGGGCGCAGCGGGCGCGGGGGGCAUCCCAGCCGCUAGGAUCUCGGCUCUGGCUCCUCCCCGCCGCCCUCCACCUGGGCCCGGCCACCGCCCCCGCCCCGGGGGCCCAGCCCGCAGCCCCCGAGGCUGCUCCCCCUUCGCCCCACCCUCCCCCAGCCCCUCCCUGGCCGCUGCUGCCUCCUCCUCCUCCCCCUCCUCCUGCCAGCCUCAGACGCCCGGACUGCGGGAACCAUGGAAGUUUCUGUAGAGACCACCUUCCAACAGGAAAGGCUGCAGGCCAUUGCGGAGAAGAGAAAGAGGCAAACUGAAAUUGAGAAUAAACGGCGGCAAUUGGAAGAUGACCGGCGGCAGCUGCAGCAUUUAAAGUCCAAGGCCCUUCGGGAGAGAUGGCUGCUGGAGGGGGCUCCCUCCACCGAUUCCCAGGAGGAUGAGGUGAUGAAGAAGCAGAUGCAAGAUGAUGAACAGAAGGUCAAGCAGUUGGAGGAUUCUAUCCUGAGGUUGGAGACUGAGCUAGAGAUCCUGGAGACGGGCGACUCAGUGCCAGCUACCAGGGAGAAUGUGGUGGUGCCAGCCCAGGCCCCUGCCCCAAGCCCGGUGAAGGAGGAGAGGAAGGAGGAGAAGAUUCUUAAUUCCCAGAAGACCCCAGUGGCCUCACCCAGAGAGAAGAAGGUCACCAGCAGCCCCAUGAAGAUGGUGGAAGGCACUGAGAUGAUGAAGGCAGCCAUGUACUCUGUGGAGAUAACCGUGGAAAAGGAUAGGGUGACUGGAGAGACCAAAGUUCUGUCCAGCACCACCCUGCCCCCUCAGGAGCCCUUUCUGCAGGGAGUGAAGGUGUAUGAGGACGAGAUGAAAGUGGUCCAUGCAGUGGACGCCACCGCAGAGAAUGGUAUUCACCAGUUGAGUUCGUCAGAGGUAGAUGAGCUGAUCCACAAAGCAGAUGAGGUGACGCUGAGUGAAGUGACGGUGACGGCGGCCCCCGAGGCCCGGGGGACCCCUGAGGUGGCCAGGUCCACGCCCCGGCGGGAGAUCACCGGGGUCCAGGCACAGCCAGGUGAGGCCUCGGGCACUGAGGCAAGCCAGGAGCAGCCGGUCACUAUGAUCUUCAUGGGCUACCAGAAUGUGGAGGAUGAGGCCGAGACCAAGAAAGUCCUGGGCUUACAGGACACCAUCAAGGCUGAGCUAGUUGUGAUCGAGGACCCAGCCCCGCCCAAUGGGAGUGCCCAGGAACCAUCAGCCACUGCCGCCACCACCGCCCCAGACACCAAGGAAGAGAACCAACUUGGGGAGAAGGCCGGUCUCCAAACCCCGCCACUAGAUGUCACAGCCAGCGCAGACAAAGACCUGGAUAUGAAGAAACAGCGUUGUCGAUGUUGUUCUGUAAUGUGAGGCCCCCCCAGGGCCUGUCAUCCUCUGGCCCUGACAUCGCCUUUGAGCCAUCUCUGUGCCGUGCCCUUGCUGGCCAUACUGCCGAGGCCCAGCGUCUUCACACACACCUCAGACAGACGAUAGACACACACACAUAUACACACACACACACACACACACAUGCACAUGGACACACUCACGUGCACACCCCAGAUUUAAUUGACAUGAAAAUCUCUUUAUGAAACAAAUAAAAUAUACCCAUACCUGUUUCCCCUGCAACCUCUAACGUGUUCUUAACACACCAUACCCAGAAAUAAACACACACACCCCGUGUACACACCAAACACUCAGACACACACAGAUUGAUGCCCAGUCACCCAGACACACUCAGAGAAUGAUGCACACUCUUCCAAAAACACAUAUACUAUUUGGUCACACUGAGAAAUAUUGUCUGCAGGAACCCAGGACCAGAUCACAACUCAACAUAGAUAAACACAUGCACACACCACAGAAGCACUCCAGAUACAGACAAGUGCAUCCAUACGGACACACGGACAUUCAGAUAGACAGAGACAUCGAUUCAGCGACACUUACUCAACCUAGCCGCGGUCCCCUAUUUACUCAUUUACAAACACACAGGUGUACUCUUGUUCUCCCCACCUUCUUAAACAAGGACGAGGACCGUGCGGUUUGUAAAGGGUUCACAACCCUGCCUUGCUGAUGGAGCGCAGUAGCAUGGGCAGUCCCUGCCUUCAGCCUGUGCCCGCGGGCGGGGGUGGGGGUGGGUGGCCUGCUGAAGGGGCCCGGGGCAGUCUCCUUUUCUAUCCUGAAGUGUGGUCCGGUGGAACAAGGGCUGUGUUCAGAGCCCAGCUCUGCAACUUGUUCUCCAUGUGACUUUGGGCAAGUCACUUCUCAGACUCAGUUUCCUUAUCUGUAAAAUGAGGGCGUUGGAUAACAUGGCCUUGAAGGUCCCUUCCGGCUCUAGAUCUUUGGUCCUGUCCUUUGAAGAGGAUGGAUGGGUUCUCCCACCCGUCUUCUGGAGGUGAGGGCUUUGGCGGGAUGCCAUCAAGGCAUUGAGCCAGAUCUGAGCUUCCCCGCCCCCGCCCCGGGAAGCAGUCCCGUUGGGAUUCUGCACCUCUGGCUCUGGCUGUGAAUGAAUUAAGGACUUCCUCUUGGGGGGGCGUUUCCUCCUGGGGUCCCCCGGCUCUCCCUGGGAGCUAGUUAUUACUUGGUCCUGCUUGUUCUUGGUGACUCAGGGAGGGCUGUGAGAAAGCAGAACUUGCCUCCUUUCUGGGGGUUGAGGCAGGCAUGUGUGGAAGGAGAACCGGAACUGGAUUUAUGAGACUGUGCGGCCGAGGCCUCAGCUCUGGAGUGGGAGGGCUGGGAGGGUUCUUCCCCAGACACACUCCUGGCACGGAUGAUGGGAUUCGGUGCAGUGAAAACUGGGCUUCCUUCCCUUGCCUUGGUGGAAAGAUUCCCAGAACCCUCGCUGUCUUGAGUUUUGCUUGGCAGACUUUUGCUCUUAGAAUAUAGGGACAUUGUUGGAGAUGCUGCUCUGAUCCCUCAGACCCUCUUCAGGUACAGAGGCCAGGCCUAGAACCUGCUGGUGAGUCUAGACCAGGUACAGAGGCCAUGUUUAGAACCUGCUGGUGAGUCUAGACCCAGGUACAGAGGCCAGGUCUAGAACCUGCUGGUGAGUCUAGAUCUCCAUGCGGGAGUUCCACUCCCCAAAGGGGACAAGACCCAGGCCUCCCAGGGCUAGGCUGUUGAGAUGGUCAGUCUGGACCAAACCUGCCCUCCAAUGCUGGCCUCCCCCUGGGACCAGAUUAGGGUGAGCCAGAUGUAGCUGGGAUAUGAGGUGGCAGGGGGCAGGGCCCUCUAUGCCCACCUAUGGGCAGCAGGUGCCCCUACAGAACCGCAGCAGUGGCCCUUGGAGACCUUGAAGCCCCUUCCUCUACAGAGGGAGAGCGGAGUUGCAGGAAGUUUGGGUGACUUCCCCACCAGAGGCACCCAACCCUACCCAAGGUAGACCCAAGGCUGUCCGUGGAUGUGGCUGCCCCUAGCAUGCUUCUUCCCAGCUGACUGCUCCCUUCCCCCCUUGAUCCUCUGGGCCCUCUCCAUUUGGUGCUUCUCUUCUUGGCUGAGCCAGGCCCGGGGUAGGAGGGGACUUCAUUAGGAGCUGCGAAAGAGACUCACCUUUCCCCCUCCCAUGCCAUCUCCUAUCUGCUCUGCUGGCUAAUUUGGAUUUGGUGGGGGACAAAAGGAUGCACCCUAGCCCCUGGCCUAGGAUGAUCUAGAAAGACCCAAAGUCUUGGAGCUCAGCCCUUACUUCAAGGGGCAAGGGUUAGGCACACCCCAGAUGUCAUACCCAGGUCCAGUUGUAGGAGCUGGGCUCUUUGUGAGCCCCUCCCUCUGGAGUAUCCUGACCUACUUCCCCCUCCCUGCUGAACCGAGGCCAGCUCCCACUGGACUUGAUUCUAGGUCUGGGUUUGGUCUAUGAUGGGCAGUCCUGGCUGGCCUGUUGUCUUUCCUUUACUGGACCAGGGAGUUUGGGAACAAAGACUCCUGCUCUUGCCCAAGUCACCACCACCAGAAAGAGAGCGCCUUUCACAUCCUUGACCCCAAGGUCCAAGAGUCCCUGGUUUUGUGAAUUCUAAACGCUAUAGACUAAUGCGCUAGAUGUCAGUAUCCAGGAAAAUUGUAUUCUAGGGAGUUUGCAAGUAUUUAGAAAGGGAAAUAGAUGAUCACCAGGAACCAGAGUGAGUCCACCAAGAUGAAGUCCUGCCCCUCUCAGCCUUUACCCACAGGGUUAUUACUGGACUUGUAGGUCAUGGAAGGUUUGAGGGCACCCUCACCCGCCCUGCUUUGGGCAGUCCUGACUGGUGUCCCCUGUGGUAGGAAUAGGGGGAAGAGAAGGAUUUCAAUGCUAGUGAUAUUUUCCCUCCAAAUAUUAAAUAUGAAAUUAUGUGUGUACCUGGAAUACUCACGUGGCAGUAUGAAACUAGACAUAAUUUCCCCUUUCUUUUGAUCUAAUGUCUCCCUGACUGCUGCCACCCCCCAAUUCUGGAUGUAUGCUAGGAAUACCCCAGCCUCGAUCCCCCAACUGCUCGGAGCCAUCUCUUUAGGCCAAAGUUGUCUGUGGUAAUGAGUUUGGGUGCCCUCUUCAUACACAUGCACAUGUACACACACUCCUGUCCCCCGAUCCCCCAAUGUUGGCUUUGAAUUCCCAAGACCUCUCCCCACCCCCAGCUCAGUGCUGUGAGCCAGACCCCUUGGGGCCUGGUGGGGGUGGGCUCCCUCCAGGCCAGCACGGCCAAGCAGGUCCCUGCCCUCAACCAGCACCCCCACAAUGCCUUGCCAUUACCCCCUUUUGGCCCAGAGACCGGAGCAGAGAGGGAAGGAGCUGACCUCUUCGCACCUCCUUCCUUUGCCUCAAUUAUUCUGUCUUUCCAGCCAGUUGUCCCCUUACCUAAGGUCUCCCCCAACUUUCUGCCCUUUGUGCCUCCCAUAAGUGUCCUUCCUUCUCUCUAUCCUCUUUCGGUGAAAAGACCCUUAGGAGUUACACUCGCUGUUUGUAACGACAAAACUACCCCACCAAAAUCUCUCUUCUCCCUCCCCCUUCCCCUUUGGAGAUGCAAAUAAACAGUGUGAACAGCUUGCCCCUA